CGAUGGCUGAGUUAAAGCAGAGUGUUAGCACAUCAAGUUUCCUUCAUAAUAGAGAAAUGAAUUGUCAAGUAACCCAUAUUCAAGUGACUUUUCCUGAACGUCAGAUCGUGAAUGGAACAUGUUAUCAAUAUCUGGAACAAAAACAACAAUUAAAACAUAGUACAAGAAGAAAUAGUCGAUGAUCCGAUUAUUUAAAGUAAUAUUGAAUCUAGAAAAUUUUCUGCAAACAGAGCAAAAAUGAAUUCAAGUAUAAUAAAGAUAAAUGGGAAAUUGCCUCUUGGGAUUUUUAGAUAUUAUGCAUCCACAAGUAGUUCCAAUACAUGCAGUGUUUACGAUUUGGUGGUCGUCGGAGGUGGCAUUGUCGGUUGUGCAACUGCAAGAGAAAUAAAAACAAGACAUCCUGAUUUGAAAAUUGCAAUAGUGGAAAAAGAAAAUAAACUUGCGAUGCAUCAAACGGGUCACAAUAGCGGAGUUGUUCACGCUGGUAUUUACUACAAACCCGGAAGUAUUAAGGCAAGACUUUGUGUGGAAGGAAUGAAACAUUCUUAUGAUUAUUUUUGCAAACACGAGAUACCUUAUAAAAAAGCAGGAAAACUCAUUGUCGCCAGAAAUCAAAUGGAAGUUGAAAGACUGCACGAGCUUUUUGAACGGGGUCAAAAAAAUAAUGUACCCAAUUUGGAACUUGUGGAGAAAGAUUGUAUACAAAAAUACGAGCCAAAAUGUAAGGGCGAAAAAGCAAUUUGGUCACCAUGGACGGGAAUAGUAGACUGGGCAUAUGUUUGUCAACAUUUUGCUGAUCAAUUUAAACAAAUGGGCGGUGAUGUAUUUUUGAAUUUCGAAGUCACAGGAUUCACAGAAUGUGCUGAAUCGAAAGGUUCCACGGAGCAUGCUCCUAUUUCUAUUACUUCGAAGAAUAAGACCCUACUGUCAAAAUAUGUUUUAACUUGCGCUGGUCUUCAUUCGGAUCGUUUAGCCGUAAUGACUGGCUGUGAUUUGAGUCCACGAAUUAUUCCCUUCAGAGGAGAAUAUCUCAUGUUAAAUGAUGACAAAAAAGAUAUUUGCUCAACGAACAUAUAUCCAGUUCCAGAUCCAAGAUUUCCAUUUUUAGGAGUUCACUUUACACCAAGAAUGAGCGGAGACAUGUGGCUUGGUCCCAACGCCGUUUUGGCAUUAGCUAGAGAAGGAUAUAGUUGGAAAGAUAUCAACAUCAAAGACUGCAUUGAAAUGGCCAUGUUUCCAGGACUUUAUAAACUUUGUUUCAAAUAUUUUAUUCCUGGAAUGAAUGAGCUGAUUAAAUCUAUCUUUUAUCAAUUAUCAGUCAAUGAAUGUCAACAAUUUGUACCGGAAAUCACUGCCAAGGAUGUAAAAAGAGGACCAGCGGGAGUUAGAGCUCAAGCAAUGGAUAACAAUGGAAAUUUGGUGGACGAUUUUGUAUUCGACGAAGGAAAAGGAAGUAUUGGAUGUAGAAUAGUUCAUGUUCGAAAUGCUCCAUCGCCAGCGGCAACAAGUUCCAUGUCAAUAGCUAAAUUUAUAUCAGAUAAAAUUGAAAAAGAAUUUAAAUUUUAAUUUUCCAUUUGAUAUUUGGGCUUUUAUUUCUUCACAGAAAAUAGGAACAUAUUUUUGUACAUAUAUAAACCUAUAUAUAUAUAUAUAUUUUCAAAGUGUGUUUGAAAUAUAAUAAAAGCUUAAAAAUCAAAAAUAAAAUUUCACACAUUCAUUUUAUAUAAGAAUACUUAUAAACUACCUCGAAAAUAUACGAAAAUAUGUACACAAUAAAAUUGUAUAUUUUACUUUUA